GGACUCGGUUUGUAAAACGAUUUAAUUACACGCUAAUUACACAUGCUCCCAUCGAGCUUCCUCGUUGUAUCGCACACAUCUACGGUUCGAAGCAGCAAAAAUAGCACGUACCGAAAUAGACGAACGUGGUUUUUGGAUGCUUGGGUGAUGCCAGUAAGUCCCAGCAUCGUCGACCGGCAACGUGUCAUUCGAUUGCAAAUUACCAACUGGAAAAAUAAUCGAGAUCAUUUACUCGUAUCAAACGAACGAAACGAAAGAUUUCCUUAAACCUAUAAUUGGUAAUUAGUUAACGUCUGUCCUCUCAAAAACGGUACGGUAAACCAUGAGAAGAAGUUGCGACAAGUGUUACAGUGAAGGCACAUGAAUCGAACGCUAUCUAUCUAUAUACGUACGUGAAACAUAUUAAAGUAUUUUGUGCAACAGAAAAUUAAUCGGAAGCGUGGAACAAAAUGUUAGGGGAGGACGAUAGCGGAGUCAGUGAUUACUUCCGGUCAAAUUUCCUGGCACUCCAAAAUGCGGUUACCCCGCAGGAUAUGAAAAAAUUCAUAGCCCUGAAUGAAAAUUCGGAAAGGAUCCGUUUCCUACUGCGAUAUCCAGUGAUUUAUAAUUUGCCUGUGCGAGUUACUGAAGAGGCAGAAUUGCUGAAGAACAGCGACAAAGCUCUGAAACUUAAGGAUAUUGGUAACAAGUAUUUUGGACGUGGUGAAUUCAUUAAAGCGCUAGGAUCUUACUCGAACGCGGUUCUACUAGCACCUAGGAAAGACUUGGGCGUUAUACUGGCGAAUCGUUCGGCAACGCUUUACCACCUAGAAGAGUACAGCUACGGUCUAACAGACGCGGAAGAAGCUUUACGCGUCGGAUAUCCACAUGAAUUGCAUUAUAAAAUUCAAGAAAGACGCGCUAGAUGUUUGCUCGGAUUAAAAAGACACGACGAGGCUGUGCUAGCAUUCAGGAACGCUUUGCAAGCAUUAGACACUGCGAAACUAUCGUUGGACAAGAAACAGAAGCUCGAGGCAGACAUUAGACUUAUGCUUGCUGUGAUAGACAAGGGUAAUCGGCUGGCACAGAAGACGUCGAAAAUUCCUCAGAAAGAAGAGAUUAGGGAGCCUAAAAGGACGACUCUAAAGAUCGAGCACUGCAAUCCUCUGUAUCCUUCCUGCAGCAAAGCGGUUGAAAUUAAGGAUGAAGGUGGUAACAUAGGUAGACACGCCGUUGCUACUAAAGACAUCGAACCUGGGGAAACUCUAGUGAUAGAAAAGCCACAUUGUGCAGUUUUGUUGGCGGAAUACAGACUCACCAAUUGUCAUCAUUGUUUCACGAAAAUAUUCGUACCGAUACCAACUAGCUGUGACACGUGCAACUUCGUGGCUUACUGUAGUAUUCCCUGCAGAAACAAGGAUGCCGAGAUUCAUAAAAACGAAUGCAUGAUACUACCCAGCUUAUGGUUCUCGGAAACUUCUGUAAAUUGUUUCUUAGCUUUAAAGGCAAUCGUUCAGAAACCCUUCGAAGAAUUAUUGACGCUCAAAGAUAAGCUUAAAGCUACGAAGGGCAGAUUCGAGACUUCGACACAGCGACCUCGUCGACACGAUGACUUCGAAGCUAUCUAUGGAUUAAUAACUCACGAGGAAGAAAGAACAUCGGAAGAUCUUUUCCAUAGAACUUAUAUAGCUACUUGGCUAUUGAGACUUUUAAAACGAAGCCCUUACUUUCCCGAAUGGGUUAAAACCCCAGAUUCAGCGGAAGCGAUACCCUCCGAUGGUGAAUUAUACAUAGGCAGUUUAAUUCUACAUAAUUUAAUGUUAAUACAAUUUAACGCUCAUGAAGUAAGUCAUGUUAUUUCUCUUUUUUCAUUUUUUCCCAACAAAACUAGUAUCAAGUAUAGAAUCGAAAGUUUUAUAUAUUUGUGCGUUGUUCGCAUUUAUGCACUUACAUUUCAUUCUCAGAUAUCGGAAUUAGUUGUACCAAAGGGUAGCAAUAUUUUAGCAAAAGCUAAAAGUAAAUUUAUUGGUGGCGGUGUUUACUCGACAGUUUCACUAUUUAAUCAUUCGUGCAAUCCUGGUAUCAUCAGGUAUUUUAUCGGUACCACUAUGAUUGUACGAGCAAUUCGCACCAUUCCAGCAGGAGAGGAAAUCUCCGAAAACUAUGGCCCAAUUUUUACAACUACUCCCGAAGCUGAACGGAAACGGAAACUAAGAGUACAAUACUGGUUCGAUUGCAACUGUGAAGCAUGUACAGCUCAUUGGCCUACUUUGGAAGAAAUCGAUCCAACGAUUCUAAGAUUCAAGUGCGAGACUGGUAAAGAAUGUGGAAACGUUCUACCUAUAAAAGCAGACACAAACGAGUUCAUGAUCAGAUGUUCCAAAUGUGGCAAGAAUACUAAUAUUUUCAAAGGUUUAAAAGCGUUACAAGACACAGAUGCCAUUUUUAGAACUGCUUCCAGAAACCUCGAGGAAGGGAAGCACCAAGAAGCAUUAAAAUCUUAUUUAGAAAUUUUAAAACUUCUAGAUGAAACCCUCGCUUUACCCAUAAGAGAUUAUCAUCUAUGUCAACAAGGUGUUCGAUUAUGUAUGCUUCCUUUAGGAAACGUUUCUUAUAUUUAAGAAUUCACUGCGUCAAUGAAAUCAAUAAUUUAACAAAGAAAA